AUGAUCAAAAUAUCCUUCUUAUUAAUAAAAUGUUCCAAAAUCAAUGGGCUCAAGAAAACAAAGGAAUACUUAACUUUCCAAAUUAUACUAUAAAUACUAUUGAAAUUUAGAGAAUUAUUGAUUAAGAAAUUAGAUUAUAAUUUUUAAAUAAUUAGAAUUCUAAAAAUUUCGAUAGUCAGAAUAAUUAAGGACUUUGUUUUAUUCUAAGUUUAUUUAGUGACUGAGACUUAUUCAAGGAAUGGUUAACUUGUAAAACACAUUCAAAUUAAAUUUCUUUGUGAAUGUAUUACAUACCUUGAUGUUCUGUUCAAUAUUUUGGAAUCUUUAGCUUUUUUAAAAAGUAUAAAUUGAAUUUAAUUAUUAUUUAGGUUUAAUCUCAUUUUUUGAAAAUAAGUUACGACCUGAAUGCUAGGAUUGUAGAUUGUAUUUUUCUGUUAAUCCUAAAUACAACAGGGAUGAAAUAUAAUUUGUAUGA